GCAGUAGUACACAUCGCUCUGCCGGUCAUGUACCGAAUUGCCGUCGACGUUUGAUCAGGCUUAGCUUAUGUUCAAAUCAUGCGAUAAACGUGUCAGAUCCAUUUCAUCUCCGCUAGCGACCCGCAGAUCCUCGUUUUCGCCGGUCUUCAUUGUCUCAUGCCCCGCAAACUUAUUAGCACACUUACUUUAAAGCGUAGGUCUUUGCACCCCAUGUUGGUUAAAUCUGACCCUGCGAGAAUUGACGUGUGCUGUUGGUCAAUAAUGUACGUUGAAAAAAUGGACCUUGAGCAAAAGUGAUUGCUUCAGUCCAAGUUCCACUGUGGUUCUUCGAGCUCAAUUCUCUUGAUUCGGUCCUCUGUGGUGGCGGUGGAACUCGGUGCUGUGGUCACACUGCAAGGUGUUUUCCCUAUAAAGCGCAACUUCUCAUCUAAUGCGCUGGGGUCUUGCUGAAUCUUUUCGUUCUUGAACACCCCACUAUUUACGCCCGAUUCCUUGUAUCUCCAAGAUGUCCCCUUCCAUUAGCUUCGAUCAUACUACUCCGGCGGUCGUCCCAGAGUCAAAUGAGACUCCGGCUGGGUUCGCGCCCACCAGCGAUCUCUUCUCUCUGGCUGGUCGCACUGUAGUAAUCACCGGGGGCGGUCGAGGUCUUGGAAUGACCUUGACUACUGCUGUCCUUGAAGCUGGCGGCGAGGUAGCCUGUCUUGACCUCCUCCCAGAACCUAGUCCUGAGGAGUGGGUUGCUGUUCAGAAGCUUGCCACGUCCCGUGGUCUCAAAGCCACUUAUACCAAGUGCGAUAUCACCAAUGAGGAGAUUACCAAGGGUCUCCUAGAGAAUAUUGCUGCCGAUGCUCUGGGCCGAAACAAGCCCUUGCGCGGGCUCAUUACCUGUGCUGGAAUUCAGCAGAUGGUUCCGGCCCUGGAAUAUCCCAUCGAGGGUUACCGAAAGAUGCUGGAUGUGAAUGUUCUUGGCACAUUUAUUCCAGCUAAGCACUGCGCUCGCAUCUUCGUGGAGCAGAAGACGGCGGGAAGCAUUGUUAUGAUUGCUUCCAUGUCUGGCCAGAUUGCUAACCGGGGGUUGACUUGUACAGCCUACAAUUCUUCUAAGGCCGCCGUACACCAGAUGUGCCGAUCGGUCGCACAGGAAUGGGGACAACACAAUAUCCGUGUUAACACACUUUCUGCCGGGUAUAUUCGUACUGCCAUGACCGACGCGUUAUUGAAGGAAAAGCCUGAAGUCGAGGAGACCUGGAUGCGCGGCGCCCUGCUCGGUCGCCUGGGUGCCCCCGAGGACUUCAAGGGGCCUACCGUGUACAUGCUUGCUGACAGUAGUGCCUGGAUGACAGGCGCUGAUCUCCGCGUUGACGGCGGUCAUUGUGCAUCGGCAUAG